UCAAUACCCAGGAAGGCGGCAUCUUCCUGCAGGGGCCCUGCUGCACCAGGCUAUCCAUCACAGACCCCAUCUUGGAUAUAUGUAACCUGCAGCAACACACAGACCGGCCCUCUCGACAAGCGCUUGCUAAAGCCAGCGUCCAGGGAGGUCGAUCCCCGUCCCAGUUCCGACAGCAACGCACCGUAGCGCGCUCGCGGGUUGGGACAGGAACACGAUAUGGCGACUCGCUACGCGAUCAACUCAGACGACGAGGAUGACGACUCGCAGCACCCUUUUGCAGGCCGCGCCGCGCAGCGAAACGCGAUGGCCACAGCGGAAGGGGCUGCUGAUCCGAGAGUGGCCCGCUCGCUCAGCCGAAUGGACGAAGAUAUCGACGAUCCGUACCUGUUCGGUAUCGGCCUGGGCUCGAGGGGCGAAAGCUCGGAGUCUGGCGCCGACAGGGAAGAUGUGGUUCUAACGCCCCGACGUGUGGCAGCAAGAGCGACAGGCAGCAACGUAAGCGACAUCCUCAGCCCGUCGCCGCGGCGACGAAGCAACGUCGAGCAGCGGCGAAUACAACGCCUCGAUGGUGAGGGUGGCGGCGGUGACGGCUUGUUGUCGCCAUCACGAAGAGGCGCUACUGUUUCGAUAGAAAGGCAGAGACGAGGAUGGGUAGCACCGAUGGGUGAUCCGGAUCCGCUGCUAGACGAAAUCCUCAGUGACAUCAGAGAUGGAGAUCGUGAACUGGACGCGCUGGGGUCGCGACUGGGCGACCCAGGGACAGAAGCAGGUUAUGGGCGACGUGCUGAGCCGAACAGCCAUGGCGACUAUGAAGAUGACGAGGACGACGACCUUUCUGCAGCCGGUAGGGGCGAUCGUGCAUAUCGCUUCCGCUCCGACGCCGGUCUCGACACGCACGCGGGCCGAGGCUCCGGGAUGGGCAACGGCGGGGACGGUGAAGGCACACGCGGCGCCGACGCAGACGAGGCAGACAGACGCAAAACGCUCAUCGAGAAGCUGCGCGAUGCAUGGGUCACGGAAAAAUGCUGUCCCGAGCUGCGGCCGUUCGAUGAGGAGGCGCACGACGGUGUGAUUGACCAGAUUGGGCAGCAGGAGUCCAUCUUGGAGAGCCUGGCGUCGGACGAAUCGACGUCGGAAGAAGAGCACUUUCGACUCAGUCUGGUCACGCUGGACAUUGAGCGGGCGAAAUGGCUGCUUCGAGCGUACCUGCGCAUGCGGUUAGGCAAGAUCGAAGAGUACUCGCAAUACAUCGCCAACACUGCGUCGGAGCUUCGGAAACUAUCCGAGUUGGAGCGCGCAUAUGUGACUAGAUUCGAGGAAAUGCGCGUGGACCACCUUGAAGUUUCUGUGCUCAACGCGUUGCCGCCCAAGCUUCGCGGUCUGGAGGACGUGGCGAUCGAGGCGUGCAGCUCUGGGGACAUGGUCAUCAAGCCUGACCUGGAAGCGCCGGUGUUUAUCCGCUGCAAGGCUGCGUGCGGUAAUCUGUUUUUGCUGGACGGUUCACACGCCGAGCUGACAAAGGGGUCUGUGCAUCUGCUGCGCUAUAGCACCGUGCGGCAUUUGCUGGAUCGUGGGAGGAUCGAGCUGAUGUGAAAAGACAACGCAACUCCAUCCAUAUGUCUCAUCACGAUACAUGAUUCGUGCAGAGCUUGCCCACAUAGACCAAUGUUUUUAAACAGUGCACUCUCGCGUGUGCAUGUCGACAUUACUACUCCGCCUCGUUCCUUGGCCGGGCUGGCCCCUCCUUUUUCCGCGGCCUUUCGAUGGUGUCUAGAAACGGAACGAGCUCAACUCGAACCAGCCGGAGUCCAAAACUAGAGAAGUAAACGUGUAGGAUUGAGGAAGCUGGGUGCAAAUCCGACUCUCGUAACCUGCCCUACCAGUCAAUGAGUAAUGAUCGGCGGCACUGGUGGUGCGGGGCUUGAACCGUUCCGUUCCAUCUACACUCGUGCACUUGAUUACAGAAUGCCAUAC